CCGCACAUGCUCAGUUUUCAGGUAUGGAUUCCGCGCACGCGCAGUGGGAGCUGUCAGGUCAGGCCCCGCCCCCGGGGACGUCAGUGGUCGCGCUGUGCGGAGUGUGUCCCUCUACGGCUGCCGUACUGCAGAGCCGCUGAGAGAGAAGAUCCGGGGACUGAGGAGACCAUGAAGAAGGACGUCCGAAUCCUGCUGGUGGGAGAACCCCGGGUGGGGAAGACGUCUCUCAUCAUGUCUCUGGUCAGUGAGGAGUUCCCAGAGGAGGUCCCGGCUCGGGCGGAGGAGAUCACCAUCCCAGGAGAUGUCACCCCAGAGAGAGUCCCCACCCACAUCGUGGAUUAUUCUGAGGCGGAACAGACGGAUGAGCAGCUGUACAAUGAGAUCUCCCGGGCCAAUGUCAUCUGUAUAGUCUACGCCGUCAACAACAAGAACUCUAUAGACAAGGUCACCCACCAUUGGAUCCCCCUAAUUAACGAGCGGACGGACAAAGAUAACAGGGUUCCUGUGAUCUUGGUGGGAAAUAAGUCAGACCUGUUAGAUUACAGCAGCAUGGACACGGUCCUGCCGAUCAUGAACCAGUAUUCGGAGAUAGAGACCUGUGUAGAGUGUUCAGCCAAAAACUUGAAGAACAUCUCUGAAUUAUUCUAUUAUGCCCAGAAAGCCGUUUUGCACCCGACAGGUCCUCUUUACUGCCCCGAGGAGAAGGAGCUGAAGCCGUCCUGUAUACGAGCGCUCACCCGCAUCUUCAAGAUUUCUGAUUUGGACAACGAUGGGACAUUAAAUGAUGGCGAGCUCAACUUCUUCCAGAGAACUUGUUUCCAUAUUCCGCUCGCCCCUCAAGCCUUGGAAGAUGUGAAGAAUGUCGUUCGUAAGAAUGUCCACGAUGGAGUGUUCAACAAUGGGCUGACCCUGAAAGGGUUCCUGUUCCUGCACACACUCUUCAUCCAGAGGGGAAGACACGAGACCACAUGGACUGUCCUGCGGAGAUUCGGAUACGAUGAUGACCUGGAGCUGACGCCCGAAUAUUUAUUCCCUCAGUUAAAGGUUCCUGUGGAUUGUACAACGGAGCUGAACCAUCACGCCUACCUAUUCUUACAGAGCAUCUUCGACAAGCACGACCAGGACAGAGACUGCGCCUUGUCCCCGGAGGAGCUGAAAGAUUUAUUUAAAGUCUUCCCUUACAUGCCAUGGGGCCCCGAUGUGAAUAACACCGUCUGCACCAAUGACAAGGGCUGCAUCACCUACCAGGGCUUCCUCUCCCAGUGGACACUGACGACUUACCUGGAUGUCCAGAGGUGUCUGGAGUAUUUGGGAUAUUUGGGGUACUCCAUACUAACGGAGCAGGAGUCCCAGGCCACUGCAAUCACAGUGACCAGAGACAAGAAGAUCGACCUACACAAGAGGCAGACGCAGCGCAGCGUCUUCCGCUGUAAUGUCAUUGGCUCCAAGGGGUGCGGGAAGAGCGGCAUUCUGCAGGCGCAUCUAGGGAGGAACAUGAUGAAACAGAAGACGAUCCGGCCGGAACACAAGUCCUAUUAUGCAAUGAACACGGUCUAUGUGUACGGACAGGAGAAGUAUCUGCUGCUGCACCAUCUGACGGAGUGCGAAGGUUUAUCUCCUGCCGAUACCGUGUGUGACGUCGCCUGUCUGGUCUAUGACAUCACCGACCCCAAGUCCUUUGAAUACUGUGCCAGGAUAUUUAAGCAACAUUUCAUGGACAGCCGGACGCCCUGCCUCAUCGUUGCGGCCAAAUCUGACCUGCCGGAAGUGAAGCAGGAGAGCAGCAUCUCCCCCGCUGAUUUCUGUAAAAAGCACAAGAUGCCUCCACCUCAAGCCUUCACCUGUAACACAGCGGACAGCCCCAGCCGAGACAUCUUCAUCAAGAUGACCACCAUGUCCAUGUAUCCUCACGCCCGGUUACGCUGCCUCUGUACCUGCAAUAGGUGUACGUUCUGCCUGUGUCAGAAUCUGCUCCACUCUGACCUCGUCCAGGCCGUAAAGAACAAACUCUUCACCGCCGUUGUUAACAGGUUGAGAGUCUGGCUAGAUGUGUUGGGGGAGUCUCUGAUUGCAGACGCAGACAGCAGCCUGGGACACCAAGUCCACCCCGUCUCCCACAUGGAAUAUUCCAUCUUCAUGGACACCUCUGCUGACCCAGCGCUAGACCCUGCCAGGCACAUGUCGCAGGCCGAACUUAAAGGUUCCACGUUUUGGUUACGAGCAAGUUUUGGUGCCACAGUGUUUGCCGUCCUGGGAUUUGCCAUGUACAGAGCUUUGCUAAAGCAGCGAUAAUCCAACACAGACUGCCUUUCUCCUUCUUUGCUUUUUCCUGUCGUCCAAACAAGCCCCGCCCUCUUUCCGUGUACAUUAUACGCCAUAUAACCCCCCCCGCUAAGCUAUUUAUAUUAUUAUUCUUCAUAAUGAUCACUACAUGUGGUUCAGCAGUAUUAAAAUACCACCCUGAUGUGGAUGGGGACACCUCUGAUGUCGGUGUUAGUAUUUCUGUGGUUGAGAAGAGGGAACGGUACGUGGCCAUCUGGAGUGGCCCCCACCACCUGUGUUAUAACGCAAAGGAUUAUCGACCGGAUCAUCAAAUGCAGACUGAAAUCUGUUGACUUCAUUUGGCGUUUUCUCAUGGGACGCUGGCAAGUGCCAAAGAGAGAGAAAUCCAAUGAGUGGGCUUACCUGAAAAUGACCUACCAUGAGAAGGUUUCUCUCCCGUUUUCUUCCUUGCUGCGUGGUCACGCGGUAUUUGUGCAGCAGAACCAUCAACCUGUAUAUAAUGUAUAUAUCGUCCCAGCUGCCUUCCUGCUCGCCUUGAAUCCCGGACGAGCCCCCAUUACCUUGUUGUGCGAAUGAAACCGACUUACACCUCGGAGCUGGGAACCCCCCCCCCCCCCCAAGUAACCUUUCUCCAACAACUGCAGUGGAGUAAAGUUGCGUCCAUCUGAAUGUCAAGAGAAAAAAAAUAUCCCCGCUAUUUUUUUAAGAGUGCAUGUAGUCCGCUAGAUCUUUCCCUUAGCCAAACGUUAAGAAAUGGAGUAUUUUUUGAAAGGCCACAAUGACCUCGGAUACUGCCAUGUAUUAUCUGACUGAUUAUGUAUGUUGUGGGGUUCUUAUUUAUUUUAAUUUCAUUUUGUUUUACAACGAGACACAUUUUUAGUUUCAGAAUAAAACUCCUCCACGUUCAUUUCCCAUGGUUAUUUACACACUUCUUUUCGGGGCACAUCGUAUUUUAUUUCCUUUUUUAUUCUGUGACGUCACAGCAAUCCGCCAGAACUAGAGGUGAAACCGCCUCACGCCCCCCCCGCCGGGGCAACACGUGUCACCACAACAAUUACACAAUAUUAAUCCUAGAUUUUUUUUUUAUCACCAAUCUUUGUGUGGAUUUCAUUAAAAAAAAGAGACCCCGUGUA